AUGGAUCAGUACUUGGCAUUUUCUGGUGUUUAUGCAAGUCCCCUAGGCCCCAUUAAGACUAGCAAGGUGCUGAAAGCAGGGGGAGAGGGAGCUCUUACUACGGAUCUCCCCUUCCUUAUGGCAGGAGGUUUCACUGCUCUUGUAUUCAAAUCUAGUUCAUCCCUCCGUUCAUUUAUUGACUGGAGUUCCGGGCUUGUCAAGGUUUGGUAUGUAUCAUCAGAACUGGCAACAGAUGUUAUCAUAAAUGUUGGUGAAGUUAAGUUUUUCCUUCACAAGUUUCCUCUCUUGUCAAAGAGCAAUCGCUUGCAAAAACUAGUAUUAAUGGCCAAUGAGGAGAAUCCUGAUGAAAUUAAUUUGUUUGAUUUUCCCGGUGGACAAAAAGCCUUCGCAAUCUGUGCCAAAUUCUGCUAUGGAAUGACAGUCACUCUCAAUCCUUACAAUGUUGUGGCAACCCGUUGUGCAGCAGAGUACCUUGAGAUGACUGAGGUUGUUGAGCGAGGAAACCUAAUUUUUAAAAUUGAGGUAUAUUUCAACUCCGGUGUUUUCUGCAGCUGGAAAGAUUCUAUUAUUGUUCUGCAAACCACCAAAUCUCUUUUACCAUGGUCUGAAGAUCUGAAGGUGGUUGGACGAUGCAUAGAUUCCAUUGCAUCUAAAACCUCAGUGGACCCCUCAAAUAUCAACUGGUCCUACACUUAUAACCGGAAAUUAGCUGCCCCUGAUAAAAUUAUUGAAUGUGUGGUGAGACUUCAGGAGAAAGAUUAUGUUCCAAAGGAUUGGUGGGUUGAAGACGUGUGUGAACUGGAUAUUGAUCUCUACAAGCGAGUUAUGAUUGCUGUCAAAUCAAAGGGAAGAAUGGAUGGGAAUGUGAUUGGUGAGGCACUAAAGACUUAUGCUUUAAGAUGGUUACCGGAUUCUGUGGAUGCUUUGGCAUCUGAAGUUCAUAGCAGGAGGAACAAAUCUUUGGUAGAAACAAUAAUUUGUUUAUUGCCUUCGGACAGGAGUCUUGGUUGUUCCUGUAGUUUCCUGCUGAAAUUAUUGAAAGUUGCCCUUCUGGUUGGAGCCAAUGAUUCAUCAAUGGAGGAUUUGAUAGAGAGUAUCAGUUUGAAGUUGGAUGAGGCUUCUGUUAAGGAUCUAUUGAUCCCAGCACGGUCUCCUCAAAAUACUGUUUAUGAUGUUGAACUUGUGCGGUGCCUCGUAAAGCGAUUUCUGAUGCAUGAAAAGUGCAGCCGGGAUAUGGACAUUGUUCAAAAGAAUGAUAAGGGUUCCAGUGAUUUUGUCUUGGGGCAUGGUUCUUUGCUGAAUGUUGGAAAAUUGAUUGAUGCAUAUCUAGCUGAAAUUGCUGGUGAUCCGAAUCUUGCUACCACCAGUUUUAUUGACUUGUCACUGUUAAUUGCUGAAUCAGCGAGACCAAUUCAUGAUGGAAUAUAUAAGGCCAUUGAUAUAUAUCUGAAGGAGCACCCGAGCUUGACAAAAGCUGAAAGGAAGAAGUUAUGCACACUCAUGGAUGUCAAGAAAUUGACAAUGGAUGCAUCAAUGCAUGCAGCACAAAACGAGUGCCUUCCACUCCGUGUUGUGGUACAAGUCCUCUUCUUUGAGCAGGUCAGAGCAGCUGCCGGGGUUCAAGCACUUAACAAUGGCACAUCACGUUCCACAACUGACAUUGAACAAAACUUUGAAAAGACCAUGGCCGAUGACUGUCAAUACCUCAAGAAACAGUUGAGUCAGAUGAAGAUCAAAGACGAGGACAUUCAGAAAACCGGGAAGUUGAUUAAGAAUGGUAGCAAAAACAGAGUAAACGGUGCGCAGCUACUUCCAUCUCGGUCAAGGCGAAUUUUUGACAAGCUGUGGGUUGUGGGUAAAGGGCAAGGAAAUGGGGAGAAUAGGAGCUCUGAGACAUCUGGUAGUUCCCAAAGCCCAACUUCAAUGAUUCAAGGGGAGACCAAGUCCUCCAGUUUAUCUUCAAGAAAUAGAAGACAUUCCAUCUCAUGA